AUGCGGAUAGACGCUCAGAUCAUGUGGCUAAUUAUUGUUUCGUCCUCGCUCCUGGCACCUGCAACUGGCAACCACUAUCGCACCCGCCGGAGGCACAUGCCCUCAGAGGACUCGGACCUGAUGAAGAGUCUCGCAGGUGGCGGUGGCGGCGGAGGAAGUGGAGCUGCUUGCGACAUGUCGGGAGAGGCGAGCAGCUCCCAGCCGAAGAAGUCGCUGCGAAAUCAGGGUAAUGCCAAGCAGAGGUCAUCCGGAAUCGCCGUGCAGGCGGCCAAUGAGGCGAAAAAGGCCAACGAGGACAUGGCCACGGCCGUGAAGGUGGCCGCCGAUAAGAUCAAGAACGAAUACGCCGACAAGGCAUCUGCUGCCGCCAAGGCCGCCGAGGCGGUGCUCGCCGGAAAGGGUCAGGUGCUGGAGCAACUGGAGGCGGAGGUGCGGGAAGCCGAGAUGGUGGUGCAGGAGGAGAACCAGGAGCUGAUCACAGCGGAGGCGAAUGUCCAGCUGGCCAACAAGGCGCACAAUCUGGGUCAGCAGGAGCUGAAGACGCUGACCAUAAGCCUGAAGCUGGCCAAGGAUAACCGGGACACCUCGGAGCAAGUGUACGCCGUGUGGCAGCAGUCGCUGAGCGACAAGACCGCCCUCCUGGAGGCUGCCCAGCGGAGGGUCACUGUGCUGAUGCGACAACUAAGCGACGCUCGAAUAGAUUACGAGAAGACCAAGAAGGCGGCGCUCAAUGCAGCCAGAGCAGCCCAGGAGGCCAAACAGCGUAUCGAGCAGUCGGAGACCUCGGAUUCCUCCUCCUCGGAUCGCGGAAGAUGCCGUCGUGCCUGGCGGCAGUUCAAGGAUAACCACUGAUACACCACCAUUACAUAUAUUUUGAAAUUAAAUUAAGAACAAGAAAUCAUAUGAAU